ACUGUAUCCAUGAAAAUUGCCAGAUCUGGUCCUCAAAUGAUUGCUGUGUUGGUAAAGUGCGACGUAGGCUCUACUUGUGACAGUGGCGUUUAUGUUCACUUAAUUGCGGAUAUCAAGGGUAACUACGGAUACCUCUCGGGGAUCGAAUACCCUCUCAGAACAUUUUACGGUGUUUUAGCUUUGGCCCAUGCUCUCCUGGCACUGCUAUGGUUAUGCUUUAUAUUCUUUCACUGGAAAGACCUUUUACGAAUUCAAUACUACAUUACUUUGAUGGUAUUCAUCGGUCUUGUGGAACAGAUCACACUAUACGCACUAUACGAAUCGCUAAAUCGAACGGGUGUUGCACUUAAAAGUGCUCUUAUUUUCGCCCUAAUUGUCAGUUGUGUGAAACGCACUCUGGCGCGCUUUCUCCUUCUCAUUGUUUGCGUUGGGUACGGCAUCACAAAAUCGCGAUUGGGCACAGCUUAUCGUCGAAUUGUGUGGAUCUGUAUCGUCUAUCUAGUCUGCUCCCUCUUCGACAGCGGUCUACGUGCCUUCCAUCCACGAUUCAAGCCUUCUCUUGCCGUCCUCAUCGGCGGCCUACCCAUGAUUGCAGUUGAUCUCGCCAUCCUCUGGUGGAGCUUCUCCUAUCUUGUUAGUACCCUGCGUGAGACUCGGAUGCGGCGCAACAAGGUCAAGUAUCGUCUCUAUCGCAUCUUUUCUGCACUUCUUAUUGCUGUGGCUGUCGUCUCAGUUCUUUGCAUGUGUGUGUCAAUCUUUCUGCUGCAUUGGAAACCUUGUACAAGAGCAUGGCGAUAUAUUUGGUUCGAUGAGACUUUCUGGCAGCUGCUUUUCUUUAUCGUCCUUCUCACUAUCGUCGUUCUCUGGCGCCCUAGCAGUACUAAUAAACUGUAUGCACGCAGUGCCUUCCUCGAUCCCGACGUCGAACCGCCACCCGAGGAUCUGGAGGAACGCCUUCUUGAUGCUAUUGUCUCUGGUGCCAGUUUGUUAAUGUGCUGCCAUAUUCUCUUCAAUCUCAUGAAAAGAGGUGGUGGACAACCCAUUUUCCAGGCAUGUGAAGGUAUUUUACCGGUUAGGUGUGCUUACGUUCUCCACUUUUUUUGGAUUUCAGGCAUAAACGAUGAUUCUUCAGAGGGUGGAAAGAAGGGCAACACAAAUGUGGCUUUUGAGGACGACGCAUUGCGCUGGGCUGAAGAGAACAUUCCCUCCUCGCAACCAAACCGGUAA